AUGGCUAACGAAUCGAGGCCCUGCCCAUGUGGCAUUGGAGACAGGUUUGACUAUGAGGGCCAUGGGCAGGAAGUACAAGUUGAGCACAUCAAAGCGUAUGUUUGCAAACCUGCCAGCACAGACAAAGCUGUGAUUGUGAUUCAUGAUAUAUUUGGAUGGCAACUCCCAAACACCAGAUACAUGGCUGAUAUGCUUGCAGCUAAUGGAUACAUAGCCAUCUGCCCAGACUUCUUCGCAGGAAGAGAUGCUUGGAAGCCUUCUGAUGACUGGUCCAAGUUUGAUGAUUGGCUGAAAACUCGAGAUGCCAGGAAAAUAAACAAAGAAGCUGAUGCUGUCCUGAAAUAUCUAAAGGAACAGUGUGGUGCAAAGAAAUUAGGGGUUGUUGGUUUUUGCUGGGGUGGUGUUGCUGUACGUCACCUGAUGAUGACAUACCCAGAAUUGAAGGCUGGUGUAUCUCUUUAUGGACUGAUCAAGGAUUCUGAUGAUAUAUCCAAUCUCCUGAACCCUACGUUUUUCAUUUUUGCUGAAAAGGAUGAGUUCAUUCCCCUUCAUCAAGUCACCCUGCUGGAGCAGAAGCUAAAGAAAAAUUGUAAGGUCGAUUAUGAAGUUAAAAUUUAUCCUGGACAAACUCAUGGUUUUGUACAUCGCAGAAGAGAAGAUAUCAAUCCGCAGGAUAAACCUUAUAUUGAAGAGGGAAGAAAGGAUAUGCUCAAUUGGCUGAAUAAAUACAUUUAA